CGACGUGAAUAAAAUCGUGACCAGACUAGCGAAGGGAGAUCAACUACUUAAUUAUAAUUAUUAUAUUGUGAUAAAUAGUUUAUUUGUGUUUGAUCUAGGAGAAAUCAGAGAAGAGGAGAAGAAGCCGUUACAGACAUGGCGGGUUUACAGAGAUCUGAGGUUUCGUUUCGCCGACAAGGAUCUUCAGGGCUCGUAUGGGACGAUAGAUUUUUAUCGGGAGAGUUAAACAAACUGAAUCAAAAAGAUGAACAAGCUUCAGAGCCGCAGUUACAAGGCAGUGGCGGUGGCGUCGGUGGUCAUCAAGAAGGAGAAGCUCAAGGCCAAGAGAGAGUACGCGACCAUAAUAAUAAUAUUAAUAUGAAAGACGUUAAACCGGCAAGAUCAGUUAACACAAUGGAAAGAAGCCGAUCCAACGGUGGAGGACGAGGCUACCGAACCGGCAGAGUGUCUCCGGCAAUAGAACCGCCGUCUCCGAGGGUGUCUGCAUGUGGCUUCUGCAGCGCUUUCAGUAAAACGUCCAAGAAGAAUCAGUUGAAAAAGUCAGGUAAGCGUAGAUCACGAUAGCUUUUAGAUAAUAAAAGAAAAUUAUGUUUUUCAGUUGAUCGGAGAUGGAAUAUUCCGGUGAGUUUUGAAACAAUUAAAGUUUCUGUUUUUGGUGUUGGUUGUUGAUUGUAUCAAUGAUGUUCUUGUUAGCGUUUGGGUGGAUGUAAUUAUUGUACACUGUUUGGUUGCCGAGAAAAUUUUCUUAGUUGUAAAUUAAUUUAAUAGGAAUCUCUUUUUUGAUUUGGCA